AUGGACUCGCAGCCGAGUGCACCACGCACGCACCCGCUGCGGCCGUACUCUGUCAGCCCCUCGCUCGACCACUGGUCCGCCGACUCGCUCACCGCCAACCCCACCGCGUCGACGUCCGCACACCCCGUCCCGCCCUCGCUCCGCAUCCCAGCCACCAACAGAUACGAGUCCAGCGUUGGCGACCUUCCCGAUGCCGCGUCCUCCCUACCCAACGCGGGCAGCAUGCUCCGCGCCUUCGUCACGAGUUCGCUCCUCAGUUUCACCGGCGUCGCCAUGGUCCAGCCGUUCGAGGUCGGCAAGACGCUCGCUCAGGUCCAGUGGGUCCCGCGAGAAGGCGUAGAGCCGUUCAUUGGCUUCGAGAUGCCCGAAGAGGUCGACGAGGAGACGGUCGAGAUUGAGGACGAGAACGAAGCCGAGGCGUACUUCGAAGACUUGCACAACGCUGCCGCCCCUUCCUUCAAGCCGCCAACACAGCUUCCGCCGCGACCAACCUCUCCUUCCGGUUAUCUACAGCGGGCGGGAGUUAAUGACGAGGUCUUUGGGACACGGCCAGAAUGGAUCAUGCCGAUUGUGGUGCAAGGUGGAGUGUGGGACAUGAUCAAGGCGGUCGGGCGGUGGAAGGGCGAAGGUUGGGCGAGCUUGUGGAAGGGGCAAUUGACGACCUGCGUCGUCGACGCGCUAUCAACGACGGUCCAGCCCUUCUUCCUCUCCCUCUCGGUCGCCCUCGUUCCCGCGUCUUCCUUCACCGCCCUCCCGCUCCUCUACUCGCCCAAACCUGGCCCUCUUCUCCUGCUCUCGACCCUGUCACACACCCUCGCCACGCUCCUCCUCUCCCCUCUCGACCUCGUCCGCACGCGCUUGAUCGUUCAGAGCGCGCAGCCUCAGCAUCGCAAGUACAAGAACCCGAUCAACGCCUUGCGGACCAUCAUCGAAGAGGAGGGCGGACUGUGGAACACCUACUUCCACCCGAACCUCUUCUUCCCCGCCCUGCUCGAAGGCAUCCUCCGCCCGCUCAUCCACCUCUCGACUCCGCUCAUCAUCUCCCGCUACCUCCACAUCGAGCCCGAAACCUCUCCCGUCACAUUCGGACUCGCCGAACUCGUCCUCGGCACCGCCGGAUUGCUCGUCACCAUCCCUAUCGAGACCGUCCGCAAGCGCCUUCAAAUCCAAUCCCGCGCGGCAUUUGUGCGAGCGGGCCGAGCAGGAGGAGUCGGACGACCGUGGCGCACGUGCGUCGAGACUCGACCGGCGCCCUACGCAGGCAUCGUCGAGGCCGUGUACCGGAUCUUGACGGAGGAGACGGGCAAGAUCCCUCGUCGCAGGAGGCGGAGACGGAGCAGUGCUGCGCCCGGCACGCCUGGCGCGCCGCCCAUGACGAACGAGGAGAAGGAGGACCUGGCGACGGCGGGACUUGGCGCCAGCGGCGGGCUGAGGCAGCUGUAUCGCGGGUUCGGGAUGGGCGUCGGCGCGAAUGUCGUCGUCUUCCUCCUGGGGCUCGUGGCUGGUGGCGAGGAGGCGUCGGGCUGGGCGGAGAUGUAG